CCCCCAGUCUCGCUCCAGCCGUUCCCUAGUCUGGAAAUCCCACAAGCUUCCAAAAAAGCUGAGUUUCUAAAAGAAAAUUUAAAAAAAUUAAACAUAUAUGAAAAACAUAUAUAAAAAGUCGAAAUUGCGCGAAAAUACGUUGUAUAUUUACAAUUAUAUGAACGAUCCCAUUUGUCAUAUAGUCAUCUGUUUCUCCACUAAAAAUAUCUCGUACAAGUAGUGCUCGGUUUAAACUCGUAAAUUAAAUUUAAAUUAAACUAAGUAGAUUAUAUUUAAAGUAAAUAGAUUUUCGACACUUCGAGUAAGAAUAGAUAAAAUGUCAAAAAUCUCUCUGGACGGCUUUUUUUCCUACUGCAAGUCAAUAGCUGAGCAUAUCCAACUGGGCGAGAGAAUGGCUGCACUUUCCGGACAAGGGACCCCUAGGCUGACCUCCUCCGUGGGAAACCUCUACUAUGACUCCAUCUUGCCGUACCGCGAGGACUCCGGACCCCAAACCCGGGAGUUCCUGGCGCGCGUCGUGGACGUGCUGCUCGACUUCGUGCAACAGGUCAACGACCGCAAUGAGAAGAUCGUGGAGUUCAAGAUGCCUGAAGAGAUGCAGAAGUUGCUAGACCUGGAGCUCCGCGACGAGCCGCUUCCAUUGAAGCAACUCCUGGAAGACUGCAAGAUCACCCUCAAGCAUCAGGUGAAGACUGGCCACCCCCACUUCUUCAACCAGCUCUCCUGCGGGCUGGACAUCAUCUCCCUGGCCGGCGAGUGGCUGACGGCCGCCGCCAACACCAACAUGUUCACCUACGAGAUCGCUCCCGUCUUCAUCCUGAUGGAGAACGUGGUGCUCGAGAAGAUGAGAGCCAUGAUCGGGUGGAGCGAUGGUGACUCCAUCCUUGCCCCUGGUGGCUCCGUGUCCAACCUGUAUGCGUUCCUGGCAGCCAGGCACAACAUGUUCCCGCAGUACAAGGAGAAGGGGCUCACCAGCAUCCCUGGACAUCUGGUCAUGUUUACCUCGGAUCAGUGCCAUUACUCCGUGAAAUCCUGCGCGUCGGUCUGCGGCCUCGGUACCGACUACUGUAUCUCCGUGCCUUCUGAUGAGCGCGGGCGCAUGAUCCCGGCUGAGCUGGAGCGACGCGUGCGCGAACAUAAGGAUAAGGGCAACGUACCAUUCUUCGUGAACGCAACAUCAGGAACCACCGUGCUGGGUGCGUUCGACCCACUGCCCGAGAUCGCCGACAUCUGCCAGAAGUACAACAUGUGGAUGCACGUUGAUGCUGCUUGGGGCGGCGGCCUGCUGUUCUCCAAGAAGUACCGUCAUCCGCGUCUCACUGGCAUUGAGAGGGCUGACUCCGUGACCUGGAACCCACACAAGCUGAUGGGCACCCUGCUGCAGUGCUCCACCGUACACUUCAAGAUCCCCGGCAUCCUGCUGAGCUGUAACGAGAUGGCUGCCGAGUACCUCUUCAUGACGGACAAGAUCUACGACCCUCGCUUCGACACUGGUGACAAGGUCAUCCAAUGCGGACGCCAUAACGACAUCUUCAAGCUGUGGCUGCAGUGGCGUGGAAAGGGUACAUCAGGUUUCGAACGCCACAUGGACCGCCUGAUGGAGCUGUCCGAAUACAUGGUGCGCCGCAUCCGCGAGCAGAGCGACAAGUUCCAUCUCAUCCUGGAACCCGAGCUGGUCAACGUCAGCUUCUGGUACCUUCCGCGCCAACUGCGAGGAGUGCCGCAUGAUCAGAAGAAGGAGAUCCUGCUUGGCAAGGUAUGCGCCAAGCUGAAGGGUCGCAUGAUGCAGGCCGGCACCAUCAUGGUGGGCUACCAGCCGGACGACCGGCGCCCCAACUUUUUCCGGAACAUCAUCAGCUCGGCCGCCGUCACCGAGAAGGACGUCGACUUCCUGCUCGCCGAGAUGGAUCGGCUCGGGCACGACAUCGUUGUGGACUAAACUAAAUAGCAACGCUAGGCUUUCAACGGACUGAGAUUUAUUUUCUUCCACAGAUCUGUUAAGGCUUUCUAUUAGACAGUUUUUAGGUUACCAAGAUUGAGUUAAAAUCUCUACUCAGCUUCCAGUUGAUUAAAUUUAUUGAUUGAAUUCGUUGAAUCUACUAUCGUAUCGUUGUGGACUAAAGUGUUAAAGUUUGUCUUGACGGACCGAAAAAUUUUCUUCUACGAAUAUCUUCUUUAAACAACGUUAUUUAGGCACUCUGUUGGGUUACUGAGAUUGAGUUAAGGCCUCUACUGCGGCUUUUGAAUAAUGCGUUAUGCAUAUCGCAUGCGAUUUGUUUCAAGGUGAGUAGAGGCCUUUAAAAAUAAACACGAGAUUUAAUUCUACAAAACUAUUUACUGGACACUAUUGAGAGAUUUGUAGGUAAGUAUGCAAUUGUGUCACUAAAGCAUACACAUAACUUUUUAUUGCAAAGUCUGUCAAUAAUAAAAGUCGGUCCGUUGAAAAGAACUAUACGUCAAAAACUAUGGUUUCCUUUCCAAUGAAUAAGUAGCGUUUGACAUGUAUUUACAAACGUUAGUUUUUUCAUCAGUCAAUAUCGGUCAAUGCCAUGAAAUGGGAAAAAAUAGAACAUUACCAAAUCUGUGCGACAACUUCUUUAUUGUUCUUUUUUUGUUAUAGAACAAAAGUUUGGACGAGAUGGCGUUGUUAAACGUUAUAAACAAAAAAAAUAUAGCUUGUGUUGAGUGUUGACUUAUUAGACGUUAUAUAAUAAGCUUUUGGUGCGUAUUUUACGGGGUAUUGGCUGUAUUGCCUCUACUAGAUAUCUUCAGAGCUAAGUACAUGUAAUGUAGUAUUUAAAGUCGAAGUUAACCUUCGUUUCAAGACUAAGAUUGGGAAGAGAACGGUUUAGAUGCGCUAUUUUCAGGCAGAUCCUUGCUAAAGUCUAUAAAUAUAUCACUAAAAUGUAAUAAAAAAUAUAUAACCACAAAUCAAAAGUUGAUAUUGACAUAUAUAUUUAUCGUUAAAAUAAAAUUGUAACAUAUUUACAAUUUUUUUUUAAUUAUUGAUCACAUAAUGUUUCUGACCUGUUUUAAUAAUUUAAGUUAAAUCUUUAAUUAUUUUACUAAUAUAAAUGCUUGUAUUAUUAUGCUGCCUGAAAAUGAUCAGAUUGAAAUUGCUGUAAUAUUAGAAGAUUGGGUAGAAACUGCUCAGUGACAUUGGAUUUGAAAACAAAGUUAAAGGAAUUGCAACGAUAGUCAAAUACCUAGAGGUCCACUUCUUUAUAUACAAUAUACUUGUUUCACGUUUAGAUCUUAAACUCAGAACACUGUACUAUGCCUAGCAUAUUCAAAAAUAAAAUAAAACUACUUUUAUAAACCUUAAACGCUGAAGCUAUACCUAUAUGGAACGAAUAUGGCUCUUAAAUCAAUAAAAUGAUUAGAAACGUUUUAGUAAAUUAAAAAAAAACAUGUCUAGAGUUCCAAUACUUGCAUUUAUUGAUUGUCUAGUAGGUUCUAUGUUAUAUUUGGCUAACAUUUAUAUGAACCGUCUAUAAAUAUUAGAAUAAAUUAUCAUAAUAUUCAUGAAUCAUAUAUUAUAAAUGUUCUAAAUGUCUUCCGGUAAACUAAGUCUAAAUGUUUGUUGACAAUGGAAAUAUAUUUUCAGUAUUAUUAAUAUGAUAAAUGAAAUAUAUUGUAAUUAGUAAGAAAUUUCCAUCAUAAGGCCUAAAUUAUUUUUCAUUUGCAGAAUUAUCACAUUUUCAGAUUUAUCAUUGUCAAUGUGCUAGCUGAAAGCAUAUUUAUUUGCUUAAAAAUUUAUUUCUUGUUGAAAAAAAUACGCGUAGCCUAGAUAUAUAUAGAAAUAAAAAUAAAAUAAUGAUGUAUCAGUCAUAUAUACGAGACAUAUCUCCCAUUUUGCCAAUUAAAAGUAUAUUUUACAUGUUGUGUCGUAGUCGCCUUUUGGAGUAAAAUUCUUUGUUAAAUGCGAAUCUAAACCACACAACACAUGGGAUGGAAAUUAUUAGAAAUUCAGCACCUCUAGAUUCUCUAUGGUCACAAAAUUAAUUCAUAAUUCACAAAGCUCAUCCUCACUUUCUUGACACGUGGCAAACCAAAAACAAGCGGGCAACUCGCUCGUUUUUGCCCAGAACGUGCAAGUUGUGGAAUGAGCUACCUUCUGAGGUGUUUCCCUUGCGCUAUGACAUGGGGUUCUUCAAGAAGCAGGUAUUUAGGGUUCUCAAAGGUGGGCAACGCAUAAGUGGCUCCUCUGGUGUUGCUUAUGUCCAUGGGCGGCGAUGACUGCUUCCCAUCAGGCGGCUCGUCUGCUCGUUUGCUACCUAUUACAUACAAAAAAAAUAGGGAAUUUUCCAUGCAAAAAAAUUGUUGCCAUAGUAAAUACGAGUAUCUCAAAUUAUUUCAUGACUAGAGAUUCCGGUACUGAAUUUCUGAUAGUUUCAGCCCAUAUGUGGUGUGUCUUAAAAAGUCUUAAUUUAUUUAUUUGACGCUUAAAUCAUGCCCUAUUAAAAUAAAAAUUGUGAUUAUUAUAGUUUAUUGGCUAUUUAUACAUUUAUAUUUUCAAUAUAUAUAUAGUUUUUAAAUAAUUGACACAAUUGAAUCUAUCGUUUGACAAUGUUAGGUAAAGUGUAAUAAAUAAAUUAUAUUAUUGUGUAAAAACGCAAUAAAUAAUAAUAAUGAAUUGCGCCAUCAUUCGCCAGUAGGUAUUAUUAAUAUAAAAAUAGAUAUAACUAAUAGUUACGAUAUUGUGUAUUUUUCCCUUAUAAAGACUUUAAAUUUUUGUCUUGUGUUAAUAAUAUUGUAUUGUCUUCGGUUACCGCGAUAGUUACUCAUGAAAUAAAUGAGUCACCCGUUGACCACGAACGCUGUAAAGGGUUCGAAACGUCGGGAUGUAUUAUAAAUUCAAUAUACGCGAUAUAAUCCGUUUUCAUAGUUUUAAUAUUGUAUUGAUUAAAUGCUUUUCCCCAAGGUCACUAUUUCCAAAACGCUUUUUAAACCACAGAUGAAGAUUCCAAAAAAAAAAUUAUAACGUUUUGUUAUUUCUCGCGGCUGUUUCUCUUAUUUUAAGUGUUAUUUUCUGACAUCAAUCUUUUUAAUUCUUACUAUAGGAUAAGUAAAUAUAAGACAACAUGAAAUGUGACGAUGACAAUAGUAACAGUAGAAUAGAAGAGUGAAGGAGAUAAGUAUAUGUAUGUAACUGUAUGUUGUCUCGAUUUUUGGUUAUCUUCAUGUUGUAUUGUUGUAUUAACAGUUGUUGAUGUAUAUUGUACUUUCUCAAAUGUAAUUUUAUUUAAUACUUGAUGUAUUUCUGAUAUAUUAAGCUGUGUUCCCAUAACAGGUAACUCAAUAAUAAUACAGCUAUAAAUGAGGACAUAAUAUAUGAUAUGCUUCAUAUUCUUCUUCAACUGGUAGCGCCACCUAGUGGCCAGUAGAUAAACUAAACGUUUCGUUUCUUUGAACUAAGUGUUUUAGAUAAACAAUAAUUUCGACUAAAAGUCGUUUAUUUUCGAUUGUUACGAUGAAACUAUCUGUCAAAUUAUAAAUAAAUUAAAUGUAAAUAGGUAGUGUGCCUGACGAGUGCGGGGGUGUUAGUAUGCUAGAGAUUUAAAUUUAUUUUUGCGAAAGUUAUAUUGUUAUAAGUUAAUGCUAGAUAAUAAAAACUAUGAGCAUUUUUGAAAGUAUUAAAGCAAUGUUCAAACAUAGUAUUACAAAAGUAUUUCUGCUUACCAACAAUAGAGGGCGCUAAAGUCACUUAAUUUUUGAAAUAGUAUCAUUAGUAGAUUUUUUUUAACAAUACGGAACUAAAAGAUAGAGUAAAGGUGCGACCACACCGCUGCUUAAAAGUCAGCGUAUUUUGAGCAGCGGUGUGGGGGGCACGCAAAAAAAUACGAUGCGUCACUGCGAUACCGUACCGUUACCGUUUUUAAAGCAGCGGUCUGGGGCCCAUUUAUCGAACGGUAUUAAGCUAAUAUUAUUAGCAUGGAGACUGUAUAAAGGAGCCAAAUCUCUAUGUAUGAAAAGUGUCCAUCAAAAAACAGUAAUUAGGCGGCGCCACCAUACACCGAAAUACUACCAAAAACAACCUACGUAAUUUGGUCGGGUUAUUUGUUGCCUUAUAUGGUUCAUGUUAUACUCAUGUCCCAGAGCCUAACUAGCGCCACCGGAGAAAUUAGGAACUAUUAUUUAAAGCUUAACGCGGUCACUUUUACAACAAUUCUGCCAUAAGAGAUUGCGAUCCUUUCUAUACCAUCCAUAAUUAUUAGUCCACAAACUGUCAAAUCGUAUGGGUUUCCAUGACAAUAUUACAUUAGGUCAACUUUCAGGACAAUCCUUUUUUUUAUUAACACAUGGUCACCCUAAUAUUGCGUCAAUUGUUCAGCCAUUAAUACACUAGAUGAAAAAUACAACUUUAGGAACAAAUCAAAUUAUUUCAUUAAAUAUUUUGAUUUGCGUUCUAUCUAUUUCAGUUUAUUACAAAUACUGUUACAAUUAAAUGCCAAUUUAGCUUCUUUAUGGUGUACCUUAUAAAAUAACUCAUUCAAAAUAAAAACCAAACAAAAAAUAUCUCUUUACGUACAUCAAAAAAAAAAAUACCAUCAACAAUAAAAACGAAAAAACAAACAAAAAAGCCCUUAAUUUCAUACCACAUACGGCCUAAACAUAUCAGCGGACCGCCCGCCAUCUUGGUUCAUUACCACCAAUCCCCGUCUGUUGUCUAAAUUUGAAUUAAAGUUCGCCGCCGCUAUUGCCCUCUCUCUUUCUAGCGCGAUAAUUCUGUCCCUGUCCAACAUGCCGGGAGGUUUGACAACUGUCAUGUCUGCCAGCUGAGGUUUUUCCUGCUCUGUGGUAGGUUCUUUAUUGGGUGCUUUUUUGUCGUCGCUCGUGUGGUCUUUUUUCGUGUCGUGUUGCGCCUUUUUGGAGCGUUUCCACUUCAUACGCCUAAAAACAUUAGGUCAAUUGAUCGAGAAAUGGGCCCCUGGUCGCACCUUAAGUCUUCUAGUACGAAUAAACUGAAAAUAGUAUAUUAUUCUUCAUUAUAUAACUAAGUUUUUGAAUAAGGUACUCAAGUACACAACAAUUAUGUUUUUUUGCUGUAUUAAAGUAUGUACGGGGCUAGGUAAUUUAAUGUUUCUAUGUAAAAGAAAAUAUAUUUUCAAUGUCAAAUUGGAUAAAUGGAGUUCAGUAACAAAAUACGAAGGUCUUCCGUGCAUGUCUUCCAUUUAUAUUAGAGUAAGCGACCGUUCUGUGCCGAAAACUUCUAAAUCGUACCGCUACUCGCCGGUAGAUGGCAGCACUUUUAAAAUUUGAAGCACUUGGUAUUUUACAACGAUCACACCAGAGUGUGUUUAAUAAGGACUAGUUAAUAUUCACUUAAAAUUGAUUUGCUUCUUAAUAAGUUUGUUACUUUAACAAGGUUUCAGAGAAUAUUCGGAGCGAAUCUGUAAUUUUAUAAUAGGCAUCUAUUGAAAUUAUGUAGAGUUCUGCAACGAUUUUGAUAGUAUACGCAGUGCAAGUGUUAUUUGUACGUCAUAAAUUCAUAGAAGUUUGACGUUUAAAAUAACAGUUGCACUGCGUGUGUUAUCAGAAUUGGGCUGACUAACAUGUCGGAGAAACGUAACUUUCUGUUCCGAUUAGCAGUCUAUUCUUUACACGUCUCUGUAAUUAAUAAUUAUUGUGAUAUUUUAUGUUCAUCGAAUACUUAAUCUAGACGUAGGUUAGUGUUUCGGCGAGUUUAGUGUUUAGAAGCAAUAUACCUACCGUUCACUAUGUUACUGUAACGUGUCCAAGUUAGCCAAAAUUGAAUUAUCCUGAUCGUUGCUAUAUGUAAGAACCUGUAUAACCAAUAAAUGGUAUUGUUGUUAGUU